AAGGAAUUUAAGUUACCACGAUGGCCAGCCAAGGAGGAGACAGCUCAGGACACGUAGAGAAAGAUGGUCACUCAGCGGAGCAUGUUACUACAGGCCAAGAAAUAAGCUUUACAGAAACAGAUGCUGUAUAUAAAAGUGCAUUCGUUCUCGACCCUGCUGAGGAAUACCGGAUGAACCACAAACGGCGUGGUCUGGCCCUCAUCUUCAACCAGGAGAUAUUCUACUGGCACCUUCGGCUGAACACUCGAUCAGGAACCAACACCGACAAACUUAACCUUAUCAAAAGGUUUGAAGAUCUCGGGUUUGAGGUAAAGGCUUAUGAUGAUUCCAGACGUGCCGACGUUAUCCAAAUAAUUACAGAAGCUGCAGAUGCCAAUCACGCUGAUGCAGACUGCUUUGUCUGCAUUUUCUUGAGCCAUGGCCAAAAUGGCCAUAUCUACACCUACGAUGACAAGAUUGAGAUCCAAGACAUCACGGCUCUCUUCAAAGGAGAUAAAUGUCAGAGCCUCGUGGGGAAACCCAAGAUCUUCAUCCUACAGGCUUGUCGUGGGGACAAACACGAUGACCCUGUGACACCUAUGGAUGCGGUUGACAGCAAGAUAGCCAAUGAGACGGUGGUGGAUGCUGGGGUGAUGUACACCCUGCCAGCAGGGGCGGACUUCCUUAUGUGCUACUCUGUGGCAGAAGGUUUUUACUCCCACCGUGAGACAGUGAACGGCUCUUGGUACAUCCAGGACUUGUGUCAGCUUCUGCGACAGUAUGGUUCCACGCUGGAGUUUACUGAGCUCCUGACACUCAUCAACCGCAAGGUGUCUCAGCGCAGUGUGGGUAUGAGCAGUGAUCCAGCCGCCAUCGGCAAGAAACAGGUGCCCUGUUUCGCCUCCAUGCUCACAAAGAAGCUCUACUUCAGACCUAAGAAAGGGGUUUGAGUGGUGCGCAUGCACACACACACACACACACACACACACACACACACACACACACACAUAUAUACACAGAGAGAGAGAGUAGGAGAUUCCAGCUCAAUGAUUCCAGUAUAUGUGAAUUUCUUUCAAGUUUUUAAUCUUCAGAGCAAUAAUGGGGUGUGAGUCCAUACAGCAUGGAUGACGGUUGCUGUAUGCAGGUGUGCAACUAGACGACUCUUAAUAGGUUUACAGUUUUGAUUCCAGGGCCUUUCUGAACUUCAUUCAUGUGUUGUGUCAUCUCUAUGUUCCAUGUCGUGAGCUUGCCUUUUGUGAAUAACAUCUUCAAACAGGAUGGAGAGGAGCAGUAUGGGAAACGGGUGCCCUCUCAGGCUUCGUUCAGUUCUCUCAUCCACAUUUGCUAGAAACUCAUCCACUGCUGUCCAACCUGUUUUACAUUAUUGUUCAAAGAAGGAAAGCACUCUGUCUGGGUCCUGUUUGAUUACCGUAAAUGUUGCGAUUGUGAAAUUCCAAUUCCAAGCUGUUUAACAGGCUUAACUUUGUGCACACAUAUUUAUUGGACAUACCUCUGCAGUUAAGAACGCAAAAGAGCUCUGAACAUAUAUAAUAAAUAUGGAUAGAAGGGACCUGAUCUGUUUUUGAGAUACCAGCUGCCGAAGUUUAUGAUUUUUAUCUGGUCUGAUGGUGUUUUUAUAUA